GACCAGUGGUAACGGCAGCAGGAAGGCAACAGAGGAAAUGCGCUUUCAUGGAUCUGGCCGUUAUUCUGUAACCACUAGGCUGCCGAUUCGCAGAUAUUACUGAGAUGUGAGAUGAGCUGCCCUGGUCGUGGAUGCGCACGCCUGACACAGCCGCCCGUGGAUCCCUUUCUCCCUCGGACGUAAGGCAUGCGUGGCGGUUGGCACACAUGGUACAACUUGGAAAGGAGAAAAUAAUCUCGCACAGAAGAAAGAGACGACGCCGUCGCAGAGGAAAUUCUGAUUUUUCACACUAGAUCGUAGCCUCUGUAUUGAGACAGAGAGUGUGAGAGAGAGGAUGGCUUUUCUGGACAAUCCUGCCAUCAUCCUGGCACACAUCAGGCAGUCUCACGUGACCAGCGACGACACCGGGAUGUGCGAGAUGGUCCUGAUUGACCAUGACGUGGACCUGGAGAGGUGCCUGUCGUUGGUUGCGCCAGGUGGAAGUGGGCAGUCGGAUCCCGGGCCUCAGAGUGACUCGGGCUCAGAGAGCGGCUCCUGCGACCUCUCCCAGUCCGUCGACAUAACCUCCAGCUGGGACUUCGGCAUCCGCCGGCGGUCCAACACAGCUCAAAGACUCGAAAGACUGAGGAAGGAGCGACAGAAUCAGAUCAAAUGCAAAAACAUUCAGUGGAAGGAAAGGAGCUCUUCACAGUCAGCGGAGGACCUGGGCUCGCUGUUUGAGAGGAAGGACUUCCGAGGCAGGCCUUGCAGGCUGGGGAAGCAGUCCACACUCUCCCUGCGGCUGGAGCAGUGCCCCCAGCAGCUGAACAACCCCUUCAACGAGUACUCCAAGUUCGACGGGAAGGGCCACGUAGGUACAACCGCAACCAAAAAAAUCGACGUCUACCUCUCGAUGCAAGCCACACAGGAAAAGCUGCAUCCCAUGACGGUGGUGACCAUGGCGAAUGCCCGCGUGCACGAGCUCAUCGGUCUCAUCUGCUGGCAGUACACCAGCGAGGGCCGCGAGCCCAAGCUCAACGAGAACGUCAAUGCUUACUGCCUCCACAUCGCCGAGGACGACGGAGAGGUGGACACGGACUUCCCGCCCCUGGACUCCAAUGAGCCCAUCCACAAGUUCGGCUUCAGUACGCUGGCACUGGUGGAGAAGUACUCGUCGUCAGGGCUGGCCGUCAAGCAGUCGCUCUUCGUGAGGAUAAACGCCGCCCAUGGAUUCUCCCUCAUCCCUGUGGACAGCAUGAAGGUGACCAUGAAGGAGAUCCUGCAGAAAGCACUCAAGAAGAGGAAAGGCUCGCAGAAAGGCUCAGGUCCGAUGUACCGUCUGGAGAAGCAAACGGAACCCAACGUAGCUGUGGAUCUGGAAUGCACUCUGGAAAGCCAAAGCACUUUAGAGUUCUGCCUCGUCAGAGAGAACAGUUCCAGGGGUGAGGAGAGCUCAGAGGAGGACCCACCGAUUGACAUCACUACCGUGCAGGACAUGCUGAGUAGCCACCACUACAAGUCAUUCAAGAUCAGCAUGAUCCAUAAGCUUCGCUUCACCACGGACGUCCAGCUUGGUGUAUCUGGGGAGAAGGUGGAGAUAGACCCAGUCACUAAUCAGAAGACCAGCACCAAGUUCUGGAUCCGGCAGAAGCCCAUCUCCAUCGACUCUGAUCUUCUCUGCGCCUGCGAUCUGGUGGAGGAGAAAAGUCCCAGUCACGCCAUCUUUAAGCUUACAUAUCUCAGCAACCAUGAUUACAAGCCGCUCUACUUUGAAUCGGAUGCCGCCACGGUCAACGAGAUUGUGCUGAAGGUGAACUACAUCCUGGAGUCGCGGGCCAGUACGUCCCGCGCCGAAUACUUUGCCCAGAAGCAGCGUAAGCUCAGCCGCCGCACCAGCUUCAGCUUCCAGAAGGACAAGAAGGCGGGCCAGUAGGGCAGCGGCGACAGCGCCCCCUGCUGGCCCAGGCGGACAGGCCACCCGGUGGACAGUGGACAAGGCCGGACGGACAUGAGGGUCCUCUCUGGGUGACAUUGCAGGGGUCACCACUCAUUAACGCCCCCAUUUUGGGAUACCCCCCCCUCCCUCAACAAAAGAUGGGCUCAACUCAUGAGCCGUACCAGACAGUGGCUGGUUUCCUGUGUUUGUCUCCUGGCCAGUGUGUUCAGGUGGGCAGCAGGGCAGAGCGGAGCUGCACAGGGUUGUGGAAUGAAGCCAAGGUUUUUUUUUUCUUUUCUUUUCCCUUCCUUUUUUAAACCUCGAAUCUCCUGAACUGUGGUGAAAAUAAACAGAGGUUACUGUAUCCUUGUACAGAAGCCGUCUUGACAGUUCAUGUGUCCACUGCCUAUGAAAGCAGCUGUACAGACGCUGUACGGUCCAGACAAGAGCAGAAAGGUCAGACCAAGAACAGCCCAUGUCCCCCCAACCCCCCCCCAUUUCCACUGGGGUUCCUACGGUGACACCUGACGCGAUCGACUCGGCGCCUCCUAUGUAGCAGUCACAUCUAAGGGUUAAACAUCACACACAAACCUGCUUUGGCCAUAGAACUUCAGUGCCUCGAAACUUUAUUAUUAUACAACAUUAACCGUGACAGCUUGACCAGUAUUCUGGUCGCGAUGAUUUUUAAAGAAAGUGUCGAAAGAAGAGCUUAGGGGGAAUAUUCCACCUUAACAGUGUACGUGGGAAACUCUUUUAACAUCCUGUGGGGAAGGAACCUGUUGUAGCGGAGGAGGAUUUUUACAGCUGAUUAUAUAAAUACCUGUACUUUUUACUAGUAUCUGUAAAUGUGGUGUUUUUCUUUGUGCGAGUUGUAUCUGACUGGAAGAUGUGUCAGACGAUUAAAUGUUUAUUUGAACUGUCCUUCUGUGGCAGGGAAUGUAUGAUAUUUUUACAGGUUUUUUGUUGUUAAAGCUAUGGACUUAUAUAAAAUCUACUCAUUUCAAAGUUGCGAUUGUUUUAUUUGGUUCAUGUAUUUUUUCAGGUUUAGAGGCAUCGAUAAUGUGAUUCCUGCAAAAAAAAAAAGUUACAAUUUCAGGGGUUUGUUCUU